AUGAACAAAGAAAAAGCUUUGUUAGAAAAUUUAAUAGAAUCGAAAAAAAAUAUUAAACGAAAAAUAAUGGAAAUGAAACGUGGUAUUAUAGAUUCUGACAACUAUUGCCGUGAUGUAUUUAAACCAAUAAUCGAACCACUGAGUACACGGAGAGAAAAAAAUAUCCCAUGUAACUCACAACCAGCUGAUCAAAAAAAUUCUGAAGCCUCGUGUACAAGUGACGAAGAUGAUGAUGAAUUAAAUUCAUCAUUUGCAAAUUUUUUUAAUAAACGACCUACAUUAAAACGUUAUGAUAAAUCCUAUGGCAUGCAUUAUGAUAAUGCUAGUGGAUCGUACAAAAUAGGAGAUCACAUCGUAACUUUUAGUCAUGGUAACUUACAAUUGCUUAAUAGAUACUAUCCAUGGACUUUAGGACUAUGGUCAUUAUUGUGUGAGAAAGAACCAAAAAAUCCAACUAUAGAAGAUAUGGAAUCUUAUUACGAUAUUCUGAAAACUUCACGUGUUCAUUUAAAAGCAGAUGGAAAACCUAAAACCUCAAAGUUUCACAAAUGGGCAACUGUUGUAAAACCUUUGUACGAAUGA